AGCAGCGGUCAGGCAACGGAAGCUCCCAAAGCGAAGAGGACGCUGUCUGACCGGAUGAAGGAUAUGUCGAGAAAAUAUGGAUGGACAGUCACUGGCAUAUACUUGGGCUUGUCAGUACUUGACUUCCCAUUUUGCUUCUUGGCUGUGAGGUGGUUCGGUACAGAGCGCAUAGCGGGAGUGGAGCACGCAAUUGUGGAUGGCUUCUGGGGUCUUGUGGAAAAGGUCAUUCCGAGUUUGACGGAGAGGCGACUACAGAAGCAGGCUGCUGAGGCUGCUGAGGCGGCGCAAGAGGCAAGCGAUGCUGUUGCAGAAGACGCCAAGGGCAAGAAUCCAGGUCUCGGAACACAAUUACUAUUGGCGUACGGAGUGCACAAGUCGCUCAUCUUCUUCCGCAUACCCCUCACCCUCGCCAUCACACCAAAGGUGGUGAAGACCUUGCGGAGUUGGGGGUGGAAAAUCGGCAAACAGGCCACAUAA